GAGCAUGAUUGUAGAUCUUAUUGAACGAUUGAAAUGGUAUGCGAUGUAGAAAUUAUUUAAGGGUCGCCUGGCUGGACGGGUCCUAAGGAAUCUCAUUCACUCUUAACCUUGCCAUCUCAGAAUCCUGAUCGAUUGUACCCCGUGUUCCAAAAUGCCGUCGUACAAGAAUAUCGAUAAAUAUCUAGAUCAAAUCCACAAGGACAAGACCCUCGUCCUUGGAUUGGUGGUUGGGUCGCAUCAGGACGUGAAACCCGGUGUCCGGAUACCCAAAGCCGACGCCCAAUCUUCUCCAGAACUACACCUCCCCAAAUCCUACCUCUCCUCCUCAACAACCAACGACACCUACCUCAUGAUUGCAAUCGACAUCGACGCCCCCUUCCCAUCCUGGCGCGGUCUAGGUCCAAUCCUACACUGGGUGCAACCAAACCUCAAACCAGACCCAGUAACCGGCAGACUUUCUCCUCCUGGGCCUGAAUCAUAUAUAGUAAACUACAUCGGUCCUGCACCUCCGCCACCGAGUUCACCGCAUCGGUAUUGUUUCUUUCUGUAUCGGCAGCCGGAGGGUCUGGAUGUGGACAAGUAUAUUGCCAAAAGAGGGGGGAAGAAAGUUGGAAAUGUGGCGAGGAUGUGGUUUGAUUUGGAAAAGCAUGAGAGAGAGCUAGGGCUGAAAGGGGGGAUAGUUGCGGGGAAUUAUUUUGUUAGUAAUUAGAUAGUACUAUUUGGGAUGAAUUGCAAAGCUUAGGAC